AUGAAGCAGUUCAUUGCCAUCGUAGCUUUGGCCGUUGGCCUGGCGUCGGCCGACCCCCUUUUGGCGAAAGCCCACAUGUCCAACCCUCACAUCAGAAGAGGCUCCCUUGAUGAAUGGGCCCCCGCCGGACCCAACGACUUCCGAGGCCCCUGCCCUAUGAUGAACACUUUGGCAAACCACGGCUUCCUUCCCCACGAUGGACGGAACCUGACACAGGAGAAUGUGGUGAAGGGAUUGCGAGAGGGGCUCAACUUCAACGAAUCUCUGGGGGAGCUGAUGUUUAAGAUGGCGAUUCCUGUUAACCCGGAGCCGAACGCCACAUUCUUCACCUUGGACCAACUCAACGUUCACAACGUUUUGGAACACGAUGCAAGCUUGAGUCGCACGGAUGCUUUCUUCGGGAGCAACCACAUCUUCAACCAGACCAUCUUUGACGAGAGCAGAGCCUACUGGACCAAGGACAUCCUCGACGCGGACCAGCUGGCCAACAGCAAGAUUGCCCGCCAGAUCAACUCCAAGGCCUUCAACCCAAACUACACCUUCACCGCGACUGUCGAGAACUUUAGCCUGGGUGAGGUUGCCGCCCCGAUCAUUGCCUUUGGCAACAUGACCGCCGGCACCGUCAACAAGACCCUGGUCGAGUACUUUUUCUUGAACGAGCGCCUUCCUGCUGAGUUGGGCUGGGUCAAGAAGGAAAACGCCAUCACCCAAGAGGACAUCCUUGGCGUUGUUGGUUUAAUAAGCAAGGCGACCAGUCUUAUUACCGGCGGCGAGGAGGAGGCGCCGCACGCUCGUGCGAUCCGAGACUUGCACUCUGGCUUCAGUCUUCUGGCUCAGCGGGGGAACUGA